CCACAUAACCUGCUCCAUAUAUCAUUCCUAUCUGCUGUCGUCUCUCUCACCGACCAAGCAAAGAAUCAAAGAUGUUCAUGGAGUAUUUUCAAAGACACGCUAUUCUCGCUCUCAUCCUCCUUUCAAUCUUCUGCAUCAAACACACAGUCAAGUCCGAUGAUGAAGAAGACAAUCUAUUUUCCGCCAUUAACAGCUACCGUGCAACCCUAAACCUAACAACCCUAACACAAAACGACCGAGCAAAAUGCCUUGCUGAAAAGAUGGCCGACCAAUUCAAAAACCAACCAUGCACAAACACUACAGGUUCCAACACAGUUCCAGGCACAGAACCAGAGUUCUCAAGUUACCCUGAUUUUCUAAACAAAUGUCAUUUAAAUGUCAGCACCACAAGAGAUGGAUCUGUUCUUCCUGCUUGUGUUCCUAACCUUGAUGCAGGCCUUGUAAUCUCUAAUUACACUCAAUCCCAGUAUUCCGGUUACUUGAAUGACACCAAGUAUUCAGGGAUUGGGAUUGGUUCUGAAGAUAAUUGGAUUGUUGUGGUGUUGACUACAAACACACCCGAAGGUGGUUUUUCCCCUGGUAGUAAUGCAGUAAAUUUUGUUUCCAAGAUUGGUCCUAUGCGUUCCACUGUGUUUCUAGUUGUGGGGCUUCUUUCGUUUUUGUGGGUUUGAUUGGUGUAUGGUUGCUUGUGUUUUGUUUUGAAGUUGUAUUAACACGUAGUUGUAGAGGGAUUACUUAUCGCAAUAUACUUUUGACCUUUUGAAAUGAGGUUUGGAUUUUGCAUGGAA